AUCAACGGCGGCCCCCUAUAAGUGAGGUGAGCGACGCUCUCUCUCUCUCUCUCUCUCUCUCUCUCUCAUGGGUUUUUGGGAUCCCUCGUUCCUCUUCUCCCUCCGAGGGCGUAAAAAAUAAUCGCCCUAGGUCGAAAAAAGCCCUAAUUCCCACCCACUGAUCCCCAGCUCACGGAGCCGAGGUACUCCGACGAGCGAGUGUGGAUUCCAAAACCCUAGUUUUGAUCCCGUGGAUUUAUGAUAACUGAGGAAUUUUGUGAUUCAGAUGUGCUUCUGGGUGUUGGUUAUUUGAUUGAAUCUGAUAUGUGGGGAGUUGAUUGAGUGGAGAAGUGAUUUAGCUCUGCAGGGGAUCGAAUGGAAUCAUUUGACCUGAAUACCAGUUUGCCGCCUCGGAAGCGGCUGCUUGCCGGAUUGAAGUCAGGGAAUCUGGCUCACGAUUUCCCAUUCCCUAUUCCUCUUUCUUCUACCGAUCUUGGGGCUCGGCUUCGUGAUGUUAUCAACUCGACCACUGCUUCCCCUGAAGAGAUCAUUGAGGUGGCCAAUUCGGUAGCUUUGGCCGCUGCCGAUGUCGCAGCUAAUGCUAGGGCAGUUGCAAUUGAGAAAGCCGCUAUAGCUGCGAAGGCUAGGGCUUCUGCUAAGAGCGCCUUGGAGAUUCUCGAUAAAAUGGCGAGGAGAGAACGAAAGGGCCGGCAAACCAAAGCCAAGUUGAAAAAGAAACAUGUCCCUGUUAAGCUCUUCUAUAAGACCAAGCGGUCUGUAGCGAGCAGAGAGAGCCUAGAAAAUGAUGAAGAGAUUGCUCGGAGAUUGCAUAGUGCUAUGAAUAGCUCCCCGAGAAUUUCAAAAAAUAAGCAAAAAAGGAAUUUUUGGAGUAGUGAGAAUGAGGGAAUAUCUGGUGAGCGCAAUAAGAAACCAGCUAUUUCUUGCGGUGGGGUUAUUCAGUCGAGUAACGGAUCUAAGGUGGAUAAAUCCGAAGGGAGAAUUGUUAUGUAUAACCAAGCUAGGGUUUUUGGGACGGGGGAGGACUCCAGCUAUUCAACAGGAAAAGAUAAACUCAACCCUACUGUAGGCGCUCAGAAUGAAAAAGUUAAGAGAAAAAGGUGUCUUUUAACGCAAUUUAAUGGUGUAGAUACGGGGAAGCCUAAAGAAAAGUUGGAUUUUUCAGAAAGAAGCAAGUAUACCGAUGAACUCAAAGUAUGAAAUGUCUGAAGGAUGGUUAAGUAGCUAGAAAUGCAUCCACGUACGGAUGCAAGAAGUUCAAAGCAUCACACUGCUCUUAGGCUAUCAAAACCUUGCAUUUAUUGACAUGUUUAAAGGUGGUAGCGAGGUAAAUUAAGCUUUACCCAUAAAUGCAUGCCUUUCGCAUUUUGUGUGCUGUAGAUUUAAGUUUAUCUUCCACUAUGAUCUAGAUAGAGAGGGAGAAUAGAUUUUCUUCACCAGGUAGUUGCUUGUAUUUUUGUUUUAAUAAUAUGAAGAGCUUGCUUUACAUUCAACAAAUGAUCAAAUGCCUUUGUUACUGUACUCA